CCCCCCGAUAUCGACAUCCGGCAAUUCGUACUAACAAAUGCGAAAAGUUUCGUGAAGACCCUGACGGGCAAGACCAUCACCCUUGAGGUCGAGUCCUCCGACACGAUCGACAAUGUCAAGUCCAAGAUCCAGGACAAGGAGGGAAUCCCCCCGGAUCAGCAGCGAUUGAUCUUCGCUGGCAAGCAGCUCGAGGAUGGCCGAACCCUGUCUGACUACAACAUCCAGAAGGAGUCUACCCUCCACCUGGUCCUCCGUCUGCGUGGUGGUAUCAUUGAGCCCUCCCUGAAGGCUCUGGCCUCCAAGUUCAACUGCGACAAGAU